AUGCGGAUACCAAAAGAACUGGAAAAGUUGAUGUUUUUUGGAAUCUUUUUGUGCCUGGAUGCUUUUCUGUAUGUAUUCACCCUGCUUCCUUUGAGAGUUCUUCUGGCAAUGUUCCGGUUCAUCACUUUGCCUUGCUAUGGCUUACGCUCUCAUCGGGGCCUAACAGCAAGUGAUAGACGUUUGCUGCAGCCUGCUCAGGUAUGUGACAUUCUCCAAGGAGUCAUAUUGGUCAUCUGCUACUUCAUGAUGCACUAUGUUGACUACUCUAUGAUGUAUCAUCUGAUAAGGGGACAGUCUGUCAUAAAGCUCUACAUCAUCUAUAACAUGCUUGAGGUGGCUGAUCGUCUGUUUUCUUCAUUUGGACAAGAUAUUUUGGAUGCUCUUUAUUGGACAGCUACAGAACCUAAGGAGAGAAAAAGAGCUCACAAAGGUGUGAUUCCUCACUUCUUUUUGGCAGUGCUGUAUGUCUUCCUGCAUGCUAUUCUUAUAAUGGUUCAAGCAACAACCCUUAAUGUGGCCUUCAACUCCCACAAUAAAUCACUGCUUACCAUCAUGAUGUCGAAUAAUUUUGUUGAAAUAAAAGGAAGUGUUUUCAAGAAAUUUGAGAAGAACAAUCUUUUCCAAAUGUCAAAUAGCGAUAUAAAGGAGAGGUUCACCACUUACGUGUUGCUACUAAUUAUAUGCCUAAGAAAUAUGGAACAGUUCUCAUGGAAUCCAGAUCACCUUUUGGUGUUAUUCCCAGACGUUUGCAUGGUGGUUGCUGCAGAAAUUGCAGUGGAUAUUGUGAAGCAUGCCUUUAUAACAAAGUUCAAUGACAUCACAGCAGAUGUCUACAGUGAAUACAGAGCCAGUCUUGCAUUUGACCUUGUUAGCAGUCGACAGAAAAAUGCAUAUACAGAUUAUAGUGAUUCGGUUUCCAGAAGAAUGGGUUUUAUUCCUCUUCCACUGGCUGUUUUACUCAUGAGAGUCGUAACAAGCUCAAUAAAAGUACAAGGAGUCUUAGGUUAUGUUUGUGUUGUGCUGUUCUACUGUGGGUUAAUAUCUUUAAAAGUCCUUAACAGUGUUGUAUUGCUGGGGAAGUCAUGUCAAUAUGUAAAGGAGGCAAAAAUGGAGGAGAAAUUAUUCAACCCUGUUUUCACUGCCACUCCAGGUAAGCCGGCUGGCAAACAGCAAAGCAUGUUUAAAUCGUCCCAAGGAAUUUCCACAGAUGAAAAUGGAUCUACAUCAGUUACCAAUCAACCUGUGCAUCAGAAGGAGAAUACACCGUCUCUACUUCUAACAAGCAAUUCUGAUCAAUUUCUGACAACUCCUGAUGGAGAAGAAAAAGAUAUAAGCCAAGACAGUUCAGAAUUAAAACACAGGUCUUCAAAGAAGGACUUGUUGGAGAUAGACAGGUUCACUAUUUGUGGAAACAGAAUUGACUAAGAUUUUUUUUUUUAUCAAUGUGCUAAGGAUACUGAGCUGUUGGGACAGCAGAUGCUAUCAGAAUGGACAGUUGCCAAAAAAGGCACAUAAAUAUUUAUUUAAAAACUUAUAUUAUUAAUGGCAAUAAAUAUGAAUUUCUUUCUACAAGUAACUUGGCUUGGUAUCUGGUCAGGUCAAGUGAGUGAUCUUUAACUUGCGUCUUGGAAAAUGUGGUGGAUCGUGAGUCUCUAGCCUGGUGGCAGAGCUGCAG